AUGUCCACUGGAUUUGACACUCUCUGGGAGAACCUCCUGGCUGAUUUGAAAUCACUUCCUGCCAUCUCUUUUGAUGGGUUCGCACGUCGAAUCCAUUAUCGAACCAGAUGGAACGAUAACUUUAGCAGCCUCCGGAAGUACAUUGGCAGUGACCAACCAUAUCCCCCAGGAGACGAAAGCCACGGCCAACAGCUAGAUGGCAUGGAUGUUGGAAGCGAUUUUAGUAGCCUGGGAAAUAGUUUUCUUGCCCCUGCCUUCCUGAGCAUCGACGAUGAUGGCACGUGGCAGUAUUUCCUGGCCCUCCAGCUUCGUCCGUACGCUCUGUUCUUCAGGUCGGGUGUCCUUAGAGACCUGAUGCCAAUGUGCCUUGCCGAACACCUCAACACCAAAUUCAAAAGCAACGACCACCCUAGUCUUUGGGAACUAGCGAAUACUAAAGGAUUUGCCGAAUUCUUCGUCGACAAAAUACAAACCAAGUCUUUCAUCAUAAACAUUGCUUUGACAGAUGCCACGGAAGGUAGUCAUUUAUUCAGCAUUUCAGUCCUUCUAGUUGCGGAUUACCUGGUAUACAAGACUGCGCGGCUUGACAUAUUUAAGUUAUUUUCCAAGGACCGACCAAGUUUCAGAGCCCUCCAUGCUUGGCCUCUCGUGGGAUGGAGCGAGCAAGGCCAGGAAAGCGAAUCGGAAACGGACAAGAUAGUCAAAUUCUGUGGAAAAGCUGCCACAAUGGCAUAUUGCCCUGUGAUAGGGUCCUUGUCGACUUUCGAAGCAUUGAAUAUGUUUUACAAAGCCGUCCAGGCUUCGAUUGACACAGAGAAGUUUCCAGAACUGCGUGCUUACCUCGAGAGUAUUCAAGCAAGUCUCCACCGCCUGAUAGACGAGGCCGCCAUUAUCAACGAAUUCACAAGCUACUCGGAGAAGCUCUAUAAAGCUUUCCAUAGCACCAUGGCUGAGAAUUGGCACAACGUCGUUCACACGGCGUGGAAAGAAAGAAAUACCGGUGCUCUUACAGACUGGAAUGAUAUAUCUGCUGUUCCUCCGGAGCAAUCAGGGUCCUACUUCCUAUCUGGAACCUGCGUGGAGCUUGCUCAAGGCAGAUCAAAUUCGAUAGAAAGUGUGUCGCAGGAUGACCGAUUUCUUGUUUCGGCAAAGCCGCCGCUAUACAGCUGUGAGGGUUAUAGCACCGUAGCCUCAAAGGCCAUGACGGUGUGCUCCGUCGGCUUCAACGGCGAACAGCCUUUUACAACCCCGUCGCAAGUGUUCUAUACCACCACCGGGCUCAGGGCGGUAGAUCCAGAAACUGCCAAGACAAGCAACCCGCUUGCUCAUAUUGGACCGUUGAAGGAGGGACAUGUUCUUUUCCGCCUGACUGGCUUCCCAGAGAGCUAUGCGUAUGAGACUGUAGAGAUUGGGUCCAUCCAAGUCGGCUAUCCCUCGGAGCAGACCGUCCAUAGCGUGUUGCUAUGGGCAGGCCAGCAGUCUCACCACGCCAAUGGGUACCUUGUUGCAACGAAUGAUCCUACACAAUCCGUCGAGUCCACGGCCCGUGCACUUCGUUCCCUUCCACCAAAAAAGCGACUGUCCGUUCUUGCCUCAUUCCACGAUCUUGACUCAACUUUCAGAAAACACGACAUCCAAACAAUUCAUCAACGCUUGAACUUUGAACUAUUCGGCAGCUAUGAGAAGAUGAAGCAGGGUCAAUUUUCACGGUCCGAGAUUUUCCCCUGUCUUGUCUCUCCAAGCGACCAGCUGAAAGCCAUGGAAGGCAACCCACGGCAGCUUCCAAACGGUAUUCCGCUAGAUAGAGUCCAGAGAACAUUCUCGCUACACACAAAUCGAACUGGGCAAUUGCCUUCUGGCUACAAGCUGCCGGAGGUUAGCGUCAUAGAUGGCUGUAUCCUUGUCAAUGGUGAGCCACAGAUAAGAUGCAAGUUGAAGCGCCACAGGAGAACGUUUCAAUGGACUCGGAAAGUCCAGGAAAACAUGUUCGAGCAUGGGGUGUUGUCUCUCUACUACCACGGACUGUCGGGUAAGGGGGUGGUCCUGAUUUCACCGACAUCUGACGCACGGCAUUACUCCAAGCAGGAUGUCCAGCCAUUCCAGGCGAUGCCGAAAAGCGUGGCGGACGAUGCCCAAAGGCUCCGUUUGAAGCAGAAGACAAACCAAAAGGAUAGCGAUGAUGAAGGAGAGUACAUACCUCUUAUUACAGUCUCGAUGCAGUACGACAAGGCCUCAUGGCCACCAGAUACGCCGAGAGAUGAGCCACAAGAUGCUAUAUCUGGCAUGGAUGUUGAAUGGGGCUUUUUGUACCCACCUGAUGGAUCUCAGACGACUCAAACAAGGAUACCUGUGCUCGAUCAGCUCCGAGACCAACUUAAUGAGAGGUAUGGUCGAGAUCUUGGGAGACUUUAUGACAGUUGGGAGGUUCCACUUGACGACGGUAGGAUCAGAGCAACCGUGGAAUUUAACCUUGCCAGUGUUGUGCCGUUCAUUUCUGAUGCUGGCAUGGAUGUGAACACCUUCAAUGUGAGCUUUCAGUCUCAGUUGGGGAUCGACAUUACCCUUCCGAUCCUUUUCCAGUCAUUUUACAUCGACUAUGAUCAGGAUCUUUACAAGGUGACCGGUGCCAUAUUUGACUAUAACCCUAUGAUGCGGGACACCAAGGGAGAUAGACACUUUAUUUGUGGAACUUCCGACAUCAAUGACUCUGAAAUCCGUGCUAUGCGGUCGAAGGCCUCUAGAGCCUAUGCAGCCUAUGCAAAUCCAGCUGUGCCAAUGUCAUGUACCCCGGAACUGCAACCGGCGGUCGUGACUGAGCAGCUGCACCGUGCUCAGGAGGGUACUGUGGACGAGCUUCUCAAUCCACCGGGCUAUGACGAGAUUCAUAACAUGUCUCAAGUUCUCAUCAAAUCCAUGAUGUUUUACCACAUGGACGACGAUCAGCGCACGGACCUUACUGGUCAAAGCAAGCCUACUGAUCUGCCUUUGAGUUUAGGAGAAAACCUGCCGACCGAUCUACAGAAGUUCUUGCGUGAAAAAUACGCGCCGGCGUUCUUGUGUCAGUCGGUAGCGCACUAUGAACAGUAUGAACAGCAGUUCACUGAGCAAGAAAAGAAGAACUUACGGUACUGGUGGGAUGGAAAUGGUGACAACUGUCUCGCAAAAUCCAAGCACUACGCAGAGAUCAACCGGAGGACCUCACUUGAAGCGGUUCGGAGGUUCAACUCAGAUAUACUCGACAAGUAUCUAGACGAUAAUCCGGAGGAGUGGGCCUGCACUCUUUAUUGUGCAUUGAAGAACGAGGGCCGAAUGCUGACCUACCUCGCCCAUCCUAUUCAAGGGAGCGUAAAUGUGAUCAACCGCGAGUGCUGUAUCCUUGAUGCAUUGGCGCCGUCGGAAGGGGUGGCAGAUAAGUGGUUCGAAUUUUUCGUUGGCUUUGCUAGCGAGCAUCAUAUUCGAUAUCCAUAUGUGGACCAAGAUGAAGACCUUGCUGGCCAGUGGCUACACGAUUCGAUGAAAGAUCUCAUUCAACGUGUUCUUGAGGGCGAUCCUAGUAUCGACGAAGAGGUGCGCAAGGGCUUGGAACAGGACAUCAAAGACUUUGAAGAGGCAAAUGGUCUUGAUCAGAGCCAAACCGCCGCGUCUAGGGCCAGCAAUAUUGUGGAGAAGGGAGCGGUCUUUCUGGGAGAAGCGAAGAAGUGGCUAACCGCGGUGGGUAAAGGACUCGCUCUUGCGUGGCAAGGCAUAAGGCUGUUUCAAUUGGCAGAAGUUGGCUUCGAACAGGUGUCCAAAGCGGUUGGUGGCCUAUUGCCUGAGCUACCAAAGCUGAAAUCGGUCGCUACGAUAGGAAUGGUCGCCUUUUACGUAUUCCAACUUGCAACGAGCCUCUACGGUCUCAUAUCGGGUUGGAGCGAGAUGGAAGACUCCCAGAAGACGGUGGUCGUCCUGGAAAUCAUACAGAUUACGGUGAACGGCGUUAGCCAAGCCCGGGAUGCCUGGCAGAAGUAUACGAGCAGAGAAACUGCCACGACUGCAGAAGAUAUUUUAGAUAGCGCGGCUCUUGAUCAGGGAGUCGAAAGGUCUGUUGCAGAAAGUGGAGCUGGCAUGGCCGAGAUGUCGGAUGAGAUCAAUGGCGAAGGCACGUUCAACGAGAUUGUGGGCGAGAAUCUGAUCCCCGAAGGCCCGGCUACUGAGACCGAUGGAGGCGAGCGAUGGAACGAAGCUGCCGAUGAGCUUCCGGAUAAUCUCCCGGCGGGGGGAGAGGAGGUGGCGUCCAAAUGGAAUGUAUCUGGCAAAACAGUCAAGAUCCUCAACGGGUUCCUGGGAAUUGGAAUUGUCGUUGCAAUGACCUUCAGUUUGGUCCAGGAUUGGGACAAGUUAACGACUGGCGGAAAGAUCAUCAACACUAUUGCGGUUCUAUCGCAAACACUGACUGUGAUCCUGGACGUUGUUGAAGUGGGCGAGUCCAUCGGGCUCUACACGGUCACCGGGGUGUUCGCCACUGCGCUGCCCAUCCUCGGGGCCGUACUGGCCGUUCUAGGCAUUAUCAUGAUGCUGAUUAAUGUAUUCGUGAACCUCUUUGGGGGCUCACCGCCGCGCGAUCCCGUGCAAGAAUUCGUGGACAACAUUGCCAAAGGCCUAAUUGGGGGAUUUGACACCGCACCACCACCGAAAUUGGAAUAUACCAUCUCCAACAUCGUCUUUGAUUCUGGCAAGGUAGAAGGGGUCUCCAUCAAAGGAGAAAACACCACGAAGGAGGAGAUUAGCAUCCCCAACGCGCGGAUUACCGUCAACAGCGGGGACGACGAGGUGUGCCUGUUCAGCACGGACGAGUUUAAUUUAGUGGAGGACACGGACCCCGCGAAGGAUUCCGAUGGACAUGUUUACGUGACCCCGGGCAGCAAAGCAGAGGGGACCCUGUCGCGUAGCGUCCUGGGGAGCGAGACCGAGUACCAUGAAACCGACCUUGUGGUUGGUGGGAAUAAGAAGGAUACCGAGAAUAGUUUGCACAAGCUGGUGCUGCAGUCGAAGGAAGCUUUUACUGCAGUGUGGACGGGAAAAAUCAAUCAAUCUGGAUGGAGUAUCGUUGAGGUGAUUGAGAAGUCGGAUCUGGAUAAAAGUCAUGUUCAGUUUACGGUGCUGAGGAAUUAG